ACCAACAGAUGGGGAAGAAGAGCCGGCUUCCGGUACAGCAGUGGUUAUGCGUUGUGCUAUACUGCAUGUCGCGGAAUGUCGCGAUAAACACAUCGAUUACAUUCAUCUUUAAGCGAAGACGCCAUCGUCAAGCUCCUUGUUUUUGACUCCGAGCCGUCGCCAUCGCUGCUGUCAUGGGGACGACGAUGAGCGAGCCUUGCAUCUACGACAAGCUGUCAGAGAGCAUCGACAUCCUCCGCCAGUCAGGCUACCGCUACGGGAUGUCAGAGCGGGAGAUCGAGCGCUUCAUCAAGCGGAUGCUGGAAAGCAACGAGCCCAGGAGAGAGCCGCCUCAGUUCCCCAUCCUCAGGGCCACCAUCAAGUUUACGUUGGCAGUGGGCUUCUUGCUUGUCGUGGUCUUGGCAUUCUCGUACCCUCAGAGCUCCCCACAGUUGGGUCUGGUCCAUUUGGGGUCCUACAACUGGUCGUCGCCCCUCAGCCACGUGCGCCUGCUGUCCUUGCCCAUCGCCAAGAAAUACAACCUGCAAGGCUUCCAUGAAUGGUGGAGUGCAGGUUCUCUCAGACAGAACUUGGUCAACUGUUCUGGCUGCGCAGUCAUCUCCUCAGUGCUGGAAGUCCCAGAGAGCCUGAGUGGGACCGUGACCAUGCGCCGGGGUCCACAACUUGUCCUGUUAAAGGGCGGCCAGUCCCUCAGCAUCACGCGGCCUCAGCUGGAGGAGCUCUACUUGGCCUAUUCGGGUUCCGUGUCUGUUCUGCUCGAAGACGAUGACGGCGUGCAGAACCUGAGUGCUGGCCUCCCGCAAGGACCCGCCAACUUCACCUUGCUUUGGAGGUUCCGCUCGGCCGCCAGAGAGAAGGUGCUGAGGUGGCUCUUUCCCAAGGCGCAGCUCUGCCCUCUGCUGGACAGUGGUGGGAGCGUCUUGCAGCGCUGCCUGGUCACUCACAGCAGCAAGUCCCAGAGCAGGGGCGUGGCCGUCUUGGGCUGGCUGGUGGUGGGGGAGGGGCUGCCCACGGUGCGAGUUGUUCCUGUUCAACGCUGCCAGAAACACUGCAGCUCCUUCAACCUGUGGCUCAACCCCGGAGACAUGGUGUACGCCGACCCUCGCUACUGGCAGAUGGAGCUCUUCCCCGGACGAGGCCAGAACAUUUUGUGUGACGGCUCCACCUUUUAACGCUCAAGGGGACUUCCUGCUGGAGCCUGGCGGCGCUUUUCUGGGAGGCUCCGCCCACUGAUGCCUUACAAGGAGGACGUGACUUUGGUCUUGUUUGAACAAGCUCAAUGUGCCAUAGUGGACAUGAAGACUUUCACCUGUUGCACAAAAUACAAAGCUGCUUCUCGUAAAUUAUUGAUAUUGUUGAAUGUACGUACGUUCCAAGCUGCUCUUGGUGGUCGUCAGUGGAGACGACCAAUGGGACCAAAAAUAUUAAAUGAAUAAAUCACAAA